CUUUAAACAGCUGCCUACAAGCCCAGGUAGUGCGUGCCGGCUUCUAAAUAAGCAGCACAUUCACCGUCCCCUUCAGGACGGGAGGCUAGGCUGCAGAGUGUGAAAUCAGACUAAUACAGUGGCGUAGGGCUGAGCAGGAGCAGGAAGCAGCUCCUGCAUGACUUACUUAGACCAGAGGUUUAGAGGACAAGAAACCAGCAGAAGGAAAAAGAGGGGAUUGGACGUGAGAGGAAAAAAAGGGGAUAAAAGACAGUAAGGGCUGUGAAGGAAGCUUCUCUCUGCUUUACAGCCGGUUGCAGCCGGCUGUGUGUGAAGACGUUUGAUCAGCCUGUGCUGCCUACCAGAUCUCCUGUGGCCCAAAGGCAAUGGCGUCAUCCUGAUUAGUUCUCCAUGUGACUCGGGAGUCCCUAAAUCCCAAAAUGUAUAGCUUUGGAAAACCCUGGAAAUACCUGGAAUUCUAGGAGUUGAUCACCAAAACUUCUUCAGGUGCCCAGGCACCGGAUCAAUAGCUUUACAUUUGCCUUUUAUUAUUUUUGAGUAUACAAAGAAACAAAGUCUGAAUAUUAGCAAUAGCUGUUGGCCUUCCGACAUUGCAUCAACGAACCUGCUGUGACCAAGAGGGUGUGACCUUUCUGCCUGCUGACUUCAAACGGACACUUGAAAAGAAAACGCAGUCAGAGAAGCUUCCGUGUGUUGGAAACCCAGACCAAAAACCCCAUCAGGCCUGGAUGCGAUGAACGCCUCAUGUAGGCAUCAGCAUGGACAGCUGUGAGUCUCCCGUGGUUUCUGGGACAGACGAUGGGCUCGGGUCCUCCCAGCAGCAGCAACCACCACAGCCCUGGAACGAUCACUCUAGCUCACAGGUCACUUGUACCAACAAGGCACCUUCCCUGGAUCCUCUGUCUCUCUCGACUCCCUUCACUUCCCAACCCCAAAACUCUGUUGCCCCUCAUGACGGGGUGAGAGAUCUGCAGUCCGAGCAGCAACAGCCAAAACAGACGUCACCCCAGGCUCACCGUGAUAGCUCUGCCACAGGCCAGCUGCAUCCCAGAAGAGAGGGUCUUGAGGAAGAGGAGCAAGAGGGGGUGAGCUGUGGAGAGGAGGAAGAAUCUGAGGACUUAGAUGAAAUGGAGAUUGACAGCUGUUUCCCAAGUCUUCAACCUUUCCCUGGGGUACCGAUGGCCUCAGGGGGUGGGGGCAUGCCCACUCUUCUGCGACACCAGCCCACACAACAACAGGCGCCACCUGAGAGUGGGAGUGAGGAAGGAGAGGAGGAAGAGGAAGAGGAAAGUAGUGAUGUAGAAAACUUGGCUGGAGAGAUAGUUUACCAACCAGAUGGCUCAGCCUACAUUGUGGAGAGCCUCAGCCAGUUGAUCCAAAGUAGUGGAGGCAUGGUGCCCGGCCUGCUUCCCACAAACUCUCUGACGAGUGGGGGGAAACCGGGGGAACCUGCUGCGACUUCGUCCACGGUCUACCCACAGAUCAUCAACACGUUUCACAUAGCCUCGUCCUUUGGGAAGUGGUUUGGCAAUUCAGACCAAGGUUUUCCCAAUACCUCAACAAUGGCAGGUCUUAGCCCUGUCCUGCACAGUUUCCGUGUCUUCGAUGUGCGGCACAAAAGCAACAAGGAUUACCUGAACAGCGAUGGGUCUGCCAAGAAGUCCUGUGUAUCCAAAGAUGUUCCUAACAACGUGGAUUUCUCCAAAUUUGAUGGACUAGCCCUAUAUGGCAAGGGUAAGCCCAUUUUCAUGUGUUUUCUCUGCAAGCUAUCCUUUGGCUACGCCCGCUCCUUUGCCACUCAUGCCGUCCAUGAUCACCGCAUGACACUGUGUGAGGAUGAGCGGCGGCUGCUGGGGGACAAGCAUGCAUCUGCCAUCAUCCAGGGCAUUGGGAAGGACAAGGAGCCCCUCAUUAGUUUCCUGGAACCAAAAAAUAAGAGCACUCCUCUGCCACCUACCCUGCACCCAAUUAACUCUGGACAGAGCUUCUAUGGCACAUUUAGUGGUGUCCAUCUGGAGACUGGAAACAGCAGCGGAGGCAAUGACACCCUGAACAAAGACUCUGACUCUGGCCUCCAGCAACAGCAGCAGCAACAAACCCCACUUAGCUCAGUUCUCUCUGUUGGAGGGCUGAGUAUUCCCAAAGCAUCCUCUCUUACCUCAUCCUUAGGCUCUGCCAAAGACUCCAGUGCCCUGCCCAAACAGGGAGGGAGAACAGAGGAGCCUGCUGGGAAAGAGUUGGCAUGUAAGGGAGAAGAUGGGAACACAGAGGGACAUGAGAGCAAAGCGCACCUAUCUAACCAGAUGGGGGGCUCUGAAGAAGAACUGUUAUUAGGGGAGGAGGAAGACGAGGUGGAGGCAGAAAGCACUGCAGUGGCUUGUGGUGGUAACAGUAGCAGCGGUGGGGGUGAAGCAGGGGAACCAGCUGUCUCAAACCAAAGCAUUUCCAAAUCUCCUUUAUUAAUGCCUAGUAGCACUCUCCAGCCUUCUGCCUGCGCCUCUGCAGGUAGUUCCACACUCAGCAGCAAAGCCCUCGCUUCCCAUUCCUCCUCUGUCAAGGAAGAGGGUUCAGCUGCAGACGGUGGGGGGAGUACCUCAGAGCUCCCUCUGAGCUUUAACUGCCAGGGAUCCACAGUUCCCAUGGCAAUGGCGGCAGCCGCCGUCAGAAGGAGCGAGGAUGACACUGCUGGCACUUACUCCUCGCCUCUGUCCUCCAAUGCUGCUGCUGAUGAAAGUGCCAAUAGAGAUAGUGCCACAGCUCCAGAACCAAAUGAUUGCCCGGCAGAGGGAGAGGAGGAGAAUGGAGCCCUUCUGCAUCAUCACCACAUGCAUCACCAUCAUCAUCACCUUCACCCCUCAUCUCAUGGACACUCUCUUGCCCUUCCCGGGAGCUCCUGUGACAUAACAGGAAUGGGAGAGUGUUCACAGAACCAUGGGCUUGGUGGCAGCACAGGAAGUGGGGUAGAAUGCCCCAAAUGUGACACUGUUUUGGGUUCUUCGCGUUCCCUGGGUGGUCACAUGACCAUGAUGCAUUCACGCAACUCAUGCAAGACACUCAAGUGUCCCAAAUGCAACUGGCAUUACAAGUACCAGCAGACACUGGAGGCCCACAUGAAAGAGAAGCACCCAGACUCUGGAGGCUCCUGUGUGUAUUGCAGCAGUGGUCAGAGUCACCCUCGUCUUGCACGUGGAGAAAGCUACACCUGUGGAUACAAGCCCUUCCGGUGUGAGGUGUGUAACUACUCAACCACCACAAAGGGCAACCUAAGUAUCCACAUGCAGUCUGACAAGCAUCUAAACAACAUGCAGACACUGCAGAAUGGAGGUUCUAUUGGUUCUGCGCAGGAACAGGUGUUUGGACAUACCACAGGAGGUGUGGUGGCUGUCCCCUCUGUGACCCAAGCCAGUAGCCAUCACCCUCCUCACCACCAUCCGACGCAGUCCUCAACCCAUAUGUCCGGACCAUGUGGGGCCCCUUCUCCAACUAAACUGAAGAGCAAACCUACGUGGCGUUGUGAAGUAUGUGACUAUGAGACCAACGUGGCGCGGAACCUGCGAAUCCAUAUGACGAGCGAGAAGCACAUGCACAACAUGAUGCUACUCCAGCAGAACGUGACUCAGAUGCAGCAUGGACGACUCGGCCUGGGGGCAAUGCCUUCGCCCUCAGAGGCUGAGCUCUACCAGUACUAUCUGACUCAGAACAUGAGCCUUCCACCAGGCCUCAAGAUGGACCCAGCUGGUGCUGAAGCCCAGUUCUUGAUGGGGAGCUUUCACCUGGACCCCAGCAUGGCCGCCCUGGGACCUGCACUCGUAGGUGGGGAAAUCCCUAUGGAUGUGCGGCUGGGCGGUGGGCAGUUGGUGUCCGAAGAACUGAUGAACCUGGGAGAAAGUCUUUCGCAAACAACGGAUCCUUCGCUGAAGCUCUUUCAGUGUGCCGUGUGCAACCGCUUCACCACCGACAACCUGGAUCUGCUUGGCAUGCAUAUGGGAGCUGAACGCAGCCUGCCGGAGGAGGAGUGGCGCGCUGUGGUGGGAGACUCGCACCAGUGCAAGUUGUGCCACUACACCACUCAACUCAAGGCCAACUUCCAGCUGCACUGCAAAACAGACAAGCAUGUGCAGAAGUACCAACUUGUGGCUCACAUCAAAGAAGGGGGCAAAGGCAAUGAAUGGCGAUUGAAAUGUGUUGCCAUUGGCAAUCCAGUGCACUUAAAGUGCAAUGCCUGUGACUACUACACGAACAGCCUGGAGAAGCUAAGGAUGCACACAGUCAACUCCCGCCAUGAAGCCAGCCUCAAACUAUACAAGCACCUGCAGCAGCACGAAAAUGCAGUGGAGGGUGAUGCCUGCUAUUAUCAUUGCGUGCUGUGCAACUACUCGACCAAGGCCAAGCUCAACCUGAUCCAGCAUGUGCGCUCCAUGAAGCACCAACGCAGCGAGAGCCUCAGGAAGCUUCAGCGCUUGCAGAAGGGCCUACCGGAAGACGACGAGGACCUCAGCUCCAUCUUCACCAUUCGCAAAUGCCCGUCCUCAGACACAGGAGAGCUGAGCGAGGAUGUGGAGGCUGCUAGUGAGACCACCACAGACCAGGAGGACCAAACCAAAGACAGAGAAAGUGGGGGGGAGAAGGAGCUCACCAAAGGGACAGCCUUGUCCAGCCACCUGGAGCAGCACCAGUCAGAGUCCCCCGUUCCCUCCAAGAGGCCCUCCUCGCGCUCCGACACGUCGGAGAGCCCGCUUUCCUCCAAGCGUCCCAGGACAGCGGAGAAGGGCGCUGCGGAGCAGAUGUACCAGUGCCCCUACUGCAAGUUCACCAACACAGACCUGAAUCGGCUCAGAAUGCACGUGAUGACGCAACACUCUGUCCAGCCAAUGCUGCGAUGUCCGCUGUGCCAGGAUAUGCUCAACAACAAGAUCCACCUGCAGUUCCACCUCACGCACCUCCACAGCGUGGCGCCGGACUGUGUCGACAAGCUCAUUGCCACCGUGACAGCGACUGAGGCACUACCAGCAAGCAUGUUUAUACCUGUACCAAGUCCCGACAGAGAGUCCCAGAGCACUCCUCAUGCUACACCCAACUCAAACGCUGAGGAUACAAAGAAGCAACCUGAUGCAUCAGAUGCAGAUGCUGAGAAGGGAGCCUCACUCCCCACAGAGUUAGCUGAAGCUCGCAAGUCACCUCUGGAUGAUCAGCAGUCAGAAAGAGAGGAUUCUACGGGAUUCUUGUGCUGGAAGAAAGGCUGUAAUCAAGUAUUUAAGUCAUCCAACUCGCUCCAAAUGCACUUCAAUGAAGUUCACAACAAAAGGCCCCAGUUGCCUGUUUCAGAUCGCCAUGUCUACAAAUACCGCUGUAACCAAUGCAGCUUGGCCUUCAAGACUGUGGAAAAAUUACAACUUCAUUCACAGUAUCACGUAAUCAGGGCAGCCACGAUGUGCUGUCUUUGCCAACGAAGUUUCAGAACACUGCAGGCCUUGAAGAAGCAUUUAGAAACCAGCCACCUGGAGCUGAGUGAAGCUGACAUCCAACAGUUAUAUGGUGGUUUGCUAAUGAAUGGUGACCUCAUGGUGAUGGGUGAUCCCACUCUUGGUGAAGAGCACGGAAGUAUGGGAGAAGAUGACAAAGAAGGAGAUGAAAGUGAUCCAGAAGAGAAACAAAGCCCAACAGGCAGUGAUUCUGGAUCACUGCAAGAAGAUUCUGGAUCUGAACCUAAGCGUGCUUUGCCAUUCAGAAAGGGCCCUAACUUUACUAUGGAGAAGUUUUUAGAUCCAUCUCGUCCCUUCAAAUGCACUGUAUGCAAAGAGUCUUUCACUCAGAAGAACAUUCUUCUGGUUCACUAUAAUUCUGUCUCCCACCUGCAUAAGGUGAAGAGGGCUCUGCAAGAAUCUACUACUGGUCAGCCUGAGCCUACCAGCAGCCCUGACAACAAGCCAUUCAAGUGCAGCACAUGCAAUGUGGCAUAUAGUCAGAGUUCUACUCUGGAAAUUCACAUGCGCUCUGUUCUACACCAGACCAAAGCUAGAGCAGCGAAACUUGAAGCGGCAGGGGGCAUCACGAGCUCUGCAAGUUCAACUGGUUUGAGUGCCGGAGGGUCAAGCAUGAACACUUCAACAUCUAGUCCAAGCCCUGCUAGCAACUCAACAAGUAGCUCGAAUAACCACAAUUCUUCUGGAUCUCAGGCAGCCCAAAGUAUUAUUGGAGGAAAUCACAUAAACCAGACCCAUAGCAUGGACAGCAUGGGGAAUUCCUCAGUGAGCUGUCACUCUUCACCAUCUGAGAACCAUGAAAUGAAAAAGUCCAAAUUUUCAGAAAUUCUCUCUGCAAGGGGUGCACAGCAACAACAGCAGCAACAGCUUCAACAACAGCAGCAGUUAGCUCAGGCACAAGCCCAAGCCCAAGCCCAGUUGCAACAAGAGCUCCAGCAGCAGGCUGCACUCUUACAAUCCCAGCUAUUCAACCCAGCACUUCUGCAGCACUUCCCAAUGACAACUGAUGCACUUCUCCCUCUACAACAACAGCAAUUGUUAUUCCCUUUCUACAUCCCUGGAGCAGAAUUUCAGCUAAACCCAGAGAUUAAUAUCAGUAACUCAGCACUUGGCCUCACAGGAUCCUCCCCUUCCUCACUGCUGGAAGAUUUAAAGAACACAGCCCAGCAGGCCCAGCAGAGUUGCUUGCAACAGCAGUUGAUGCACCAUCACCUUCAGCAGCAACACCAACAGCAACUGCAGCAACAACAGCAGCAGCAGCAGCCUCACUCUCAAGUUCAGGGACAAAUGGCUUUACUUCAACAAAGUGCGUCUCUCCUUCAGCAGUCUGAGAAAAAGCAGAAACAGACCUCUUCUCAGAAUGAGAAGGACAGAGAAACACAAAGAGAAAAAGAUUUAGUUGAAAAAAAUGACGACUAUGUAAACAAAGAUUCUACAGACGGCAAACCAAAAGAAAGGAAGGACAUUCAGCAUAUUUCAAUAAACAUAAACCAUGAUAGUGGCCUGCCUCCACCCAGGAUAGCUUCAGAUGCUCGAGGAAAUGCAACGAAAGCCCUGCUCGAAAAUUUUGGGUUUGAGUUAGUAAUUCAGUACAAUGAAAAUAAACAGAAAGCUCAGAAAAAGACAGCUGGACCUAGCGGAUCAAGUGGUCCAGGUGGAAUAACAAGAGUGGUGGAUCCUAUUGAAGGAUUAGAGAAACUGGAAUGUGAAGCCUGUGGCAAGCUGUUUUCAAACAUCUUGAUUUUGAAGAGUCACCAGGAGCAUAUCCACCAGGCCUUCUUUCCAUUUCGAUCCCUUGAGAGAUUUGCCAAGGAAUACAGAGAGCAUUAUGAUAAACUCUAUCCACUGAGACCUCCUACACCAGAGGCUGCUCCUGCUCCCCCACCACCGCCUCCACCUCCACCACCACCCCCUCCUGCACCCCAAAGAGCACCAACACCGAAUAUUCCAGUCUCUUCGGCUUCACUCACACCUCCAACUGUACCUCCUCCACAGCCACCCGUUCCUAUGACACAAAUACCCAUGCCAAUGGAUUUGCCCCUUUUCUCACCUCUUAUGAUGCAGCCCAUGUCUCUUCAGUCUUUACCCACUCAAUUGCCUCCCCAGUUACCAUCUGUUGAGCCAAGUCUAGCAUCAGACCUUGCCCAGCUCUAUCAGCAGCAACUCACGCCAGCCAUGCUACAACAGCAGCAGAACAAGAGGCCAAGAACACGCAUCACUGAUGACCAACUUCGAGUCUUACGACAAUACUUUGACAUCAACAACUCCCCGAAUGAGGAACAGAUCAAAGAGAUGGCAGACAAAUCAGGGCUGCCACAGAAGGUCAUAAAGCACUGGUUCAGAAACACCCUGUUUAAAGAACGCCAGCGCAAUAAAGACUCACCUUACAACUUCAAUAAUCCACCAACAACAACCCUAGAAGACACAAAAAUUGACUCCAAGCCUCCAUCUCCUGAACCUCAGAGACAUGAAUUGCAUGGUAGUAAGAGAUCAUCUAGGACAAGGUUUACUGACUACCAACUGAGAGUCCUACAAGACUUCUUUGAUGCCAAUGCUUAUCCCAAGGAUGAUGAAUUUGAACAGCUUUCCAACCUUUUGAGCCUUCCUACUCGAGUUAUUGUUGUAUGGUUCCAAAAUGCUCGGCAGAAGGCAAGGAAAAAUUAUGAGAACCAGGGUGAUGGCGCAAAAGAGGGCGAAAGACGAGAACUCUCAAACGACAGAUAUAUCCGGACAUCAAAUCUGAACUACCAGUGCAAGAAAUGUAGCCUAGUUUUCCAGCGUAUAUUUGACUUAAUAAAACACCAAAAGAAACUGUGUUACAAAGAUGAAGAUGAGGAAGGGCAGUAUGACAGCCAAAAUGAGGAUUCAUUGGAUCUUUCCCAUGAAUGCUAUACUCCCUCUGGGUCUUCCUGUCACACCCCAAUGCCCACUUCUUCAAGUCUCUGUCCUCUUCCACCCUCGACUUCAGCAUUCUCUCACAUCCCAUCCUCUGAGAAAGAAGAGGCUUCACCAGCAUCCACCUCAAACCUUUAUGAUGAGAAGCCCAAGCAGUUGCCAGAUAUCUCUGCUGAUCCACGAGAAAACCAAACUUCUAUUAAACAGGAAGUUGUACACCAACCACAGUCUGAGGCACAACAUCAUAGGCCACAGAGAGAAGAGAAGAUCCAAAAUGUUGCGCAGUCCAUCAAGCAUUCAUCACCUUCCUUUUCUCAGCAGCAGCAGUGUGGUCCCUCAGCCUCUCAGACAAGUCAGGCCUCUUCUCAAAGCUCUCACAUGAGCCUCAAUCCACACCUGGCCUCUGCCACACAACAACUUGCACAACAAAUGAUCCCGUACCAGUGUGAGCAGUGCAAGAUUGGCUUCCCUUCCUUUGAGCACUGGCAGGAACACCAGCAAUUGCAUUUUCUCUCAGUGCAAAAUCAGUUUAUCCACCCCCAGUUCCUUGACCGUCCACUUGACAUGCCUUUCAUGCUGUUUGAUCCAAGCAAUCCUCUCCUGGCAAGUCAGCUACUCUCUGGGGCAAUGCCACAGAUUCCCAGCAGCUCUGCCACUUCUCCGUCCACCCCAACCUCCACCAUGAACUCUCUGAAGAGGAAGCUAGAAGAGAAAGCUAACACUAGCCCUGGAGAGAAUGACAGCACAAAUAGUGGCGAAGAGCCACAGAGGGACAAGCGGCUGAGAACCACCAUCACACCUGAGCAGCUAGAGAUCUUGUAUCAAAAAUAUUUAUUAGAUUCAAAUCCUACACGUAAAAUGCUUGACCACAUUGCCCAUGAAGUGGGAUUGAAAAAGAGAGUUGUGCAAGUAUGGUUCCAAAAUACUAGAGCAAGAGAGAGAAAAGGCCAGUUUAGAGCAGUUGGACCAGCUCAAGCUCAUAGGAGGUGCCCUUUUUGUCGAGCUCUCUUCAAAGCAAAAACAGCCCUUGAGGCACACAUUCGCUCUCGUCACUGGCAUGAAGCCAAACGUGCUGGAUAUAACUUGACGCUUGCUGGUAUGUUACCGGAGCCAGACAACAUGCAAAUAAAAAUUGAUUCUCUUGAGACAUCCGUGUACCCCCAACUACCCACUACCACAAACAGUGAUGGACAAAGCUCUUCCAUGUCACCAGUGAACAAAGGCUUGGAUCUGUCUCCCAGGGGUCUACUCAGCCCUUCGUCCAUCAAAGUUGAAGGAAUGGAAGACUUUGAGAGUGCAACCAUGUCCUCUGUUAAUCUCAGCUUUGAUCAUAACAAAAUUGAUAAUGACGAUUGCUCUUCUGUGAAUACAGCCAUCACAGACACAACAACAGGUGAUGAGGCUAAUGCUGAUAACGACAGUGCUGAUGCAAAGCACAGCCACAACAGUGGUGAUUACCUUUCUAAGUCUGGAGGCACAGUCCCCGGCCUUGAAAACGAUGAUCAGAUGUCCUCCGGGCUGGUAAGCCCAGCGACAAGCUAUUAUGCUAAGGACUAUGACAAUGAACAUAUGAUUGACCAUAGCGAGACUUCAAGUCUGGCUGACCCUUGUUCACCAAGUCCUGGAGCCUCUGGAAGUAGGAGCAUUGACAGUGGAGAUCGACCUGGCCAAAAACGUUUCCGAACCCAGAUGACAAACCUCCAGCUGAAAGUGUUGAAAUCUUGCUUUAACGACUACCGGACUCCCACUAUGCUGGAAUGUGAGGUGCUUGGCAAUGACAUUGGACUUCCAAAGAGAGUGGUUCAGGUAUGGUUUCAAAAUGCCCGCGCCAAGGAGAAAAAAGCAAAGCUCAACAUGGCCAAGCACUUUGGAAUAAAUCAAACAUCGUACGAGGGGCCGAAGACUGAAUGCACUUUGUGUGGUGUCAAGUACAGUGCUCGCCUCUCAGUUCGUGAUCACAUUUUCUCCCAGCAACACAUCUCUAAGGUGAAGGAUACUAUUGGCAGCCAGAUUGAUAAAGAAAAGGAAUACUUUGAUCCAGCCACUGUCCGCCAACUUAUGGCCCAGCAAGAGAUGGACCGCAUUAAGAAAGCCAAUGAAGUUUUAGGACUGGCACAGCAGCAGGCCAUGCAACAACAGGGGAUGUUUGAUAACCCUGCAAUGCAGGCUCUGAAUCUCCAGUCAGCUUAUCCAAACCUGCAAGGCAUCCCACCUGUACUUUUGCCAGGGGUUGGCAGCCCCUCUCUUUCCAGCUUUAACUCAUCCAAUUCAGCUUUAACUCCUCCAAAACCUUCAAACCUCCUGAACAUGCCUGGUGCCAGUGUUCCCUCACCGAGCCUCCCGACAUCUGGAUUACCCAACAAACCUCCCUCCUCAUCGUCUCUUGCUGCAUCCAGUCCAGCCCAGACCAACACGUCUGCAUCCCAGUCCAGCCCCACCUCGACAUCCAACUGCACUUCUUCAACCACCCAGUCCGGCUCAAGACCUGAACCCCCCAAAGAACGCGAUGCUGAGAGGGUAAGAGAGAAGGAGAAGGCCAAGGAAAAGACAGACAAGCCCUCAACCCCUUCAUCAACUGGAAGCACUCCUGCCCCGUCAACUUCUGCUGCCAGCGCCAAGAAGGAAAAGCCAGAUACAGCAGUUCCUGCCACGUCUAUGCCAACACCCGGCAUGGAAUAUGUGGUCGACGCUGCCCAGCUACAGGCCCUGCAGGCUGCUUUGGCAUCAGACCCCACAGCGCUCCUCACAAACCAGUUUUUACCCUACUUCAUGCCUGGCUUCUCCCCGUAUUACACCCCACAGAUCCCCGGUGCCCUCCAAGGAGGCUACUUGCAACCCAUGUAUGGAAUGGAAAGUCUCUUUCCUUACAACCCAGCAUUGUCACAAGCACUGAUGGGCCUGUCUCCAGGGUCCCUAUUGCAGCAUUACCAGCAAUAUCAGCAGAGCUUGCAGGAGGCACUGCAGCAGCAGCAGCGGCAGCUUCAGCAGAUCCAGCAACCCAAGGCCAGCCAAACUCCAGUUCCCCCUCAAAACUUGGGGGAUCGCAAAGAUUCUGCCAAAGAGCCAGUGAAAACAGAGGAGCAAAAGGGCAACCCACAUAGUGAACCCCCCACUUCCUCAUCCUCAACCUCGUCGUCAUCCUCCUCCUCUCAUAAUAAAGUACCCUCUGAGCAGAAUGAAAUGGAUGGCAAAGCUGUGGACCCCCAUCUAGACCAGUACAUCGUCCCCAAGGUGCAGUAUAAACUGGCAUGCCGCAAGUGUCAAGCUGUUUUCACCAAGGAAGAUGCGGCUAUAACCCAUCUUAAAUCAAACUGUUUUUUCGGUCAGUCUGUGGCAAACCUGCAAGAGAUGUUGCUGCGUGUCCCCGGUGGCGUAGGUGCAGGGGCUGGAAGUCUCUAUGACUGCCUGGCUUGCAACACUACGUUGGAUGGGGAGAAAGCACUCAGUCAACACCUGGAAUCGGCAUUGCACAAACACAGAACAAUCAAGCGAUCAGUCAGAAAUGCCAAAGAGCACGCUACUAGUUUAUUACCUCACUCUUCAGCCUGCUUCCCCAAUCCUAACACCGCAUCUACCUCGCAGUCUGCCACUCAUCCCAUCAGCAGCCCCCCUCCCCCGCCAACAACAUCAGCCACCAUGCCAUCCACUGCUGCAUCCUCUUCCCUGUGCUCCUCCUCAACCACCCCACUUAACACCACAGCUGCCGGCAAACCCUGGCCCCAGGCCCCUUUCUCCAGAGCUUUAGCUGGGAAGCCCAAUGCUAGUCCCUCCUCUUCCUCCUCCUCUUUUCCUCCAGUGUCCUCACCUUCAACGGUUACCUCAAGUUCAUUGAGCACCUCAGGAGUUCAGACCUCGAUACCAACAGACGUCUUUACCGACGAGUCUGACUCUGACAGCAGUCAGAAGUCAGCUGACAGGUUGGGCAGGACGGCAGAGGAGCCGCAGCAGCCUGGCUUUGUCAAAGACAGUAAUAGUUGUAGUAGUAAUCUUGCUAGUGUAGGAACAGACUCCAUCAGAUUGUAAAAGAGCUUUCAGUGAUGGACAAUAUUUAAAAAACACAAAAAAGACAAAAAAAAAUCACAAAUGGAAAAAAAAAACAUAAAAAGCAGCAAUGUUAAAAAUACAUUAAAAGUAUACAAACCAAUUUCAGAAAAAGAUGUGUAAAGACUAACUGCAAUUCCAAAGCUUGUAACCAAAAAUUUAAAUGUUAGUGGAUUGUUUUCCCAUAUCAACAUGCUGGUUUUAAUUUUUCUUGUUUGGUUUUGUUUUUUCUUUUUUUUUCUGUUCUUUUUUUUUUUUUUUUUUUUACAAUUUAAAUUAAAGUACAUGCAUACUAAUAUGUGAGAACAGAAAAGAUCGCUGCAAUUAUGUUUUGGGUGAUUAUAGAGGAAUGUUGUACUGUAUGGCAAUUGACUGCCUUGACAAAUGGCCCAAGAACCCUGUUGAAGAAAUGUGAGUCCACAAGCUGUCCCUUUCUUUUGUAAUAGUUUCUACUUAAUAGCACAGUCACAAAAAGCCAGUAUGUACUGUAUGGGAGAAUAGUCUAUCAGUUUUCUUGCUAUUUAAGCAUUCAGAUACCAAUGGCUUGCAAAAGUAAAAGAAUAAUGUAAUGUCUAUUUUAUUCUCAGGUCAACAGCUCACUGAUGUUUUUCUGUUACAGAAAUCCAUGUUUUAAGCCUUUUUGUUUCCAACAGGAGAUUAGCAUUAUGUUUUCUUUCAGAACUUGAUUUAAUCAUGUUAAGUUAAUUAAUUUUCAUUAAGGCAUUGUUUCUGGGCAUUCAAAAAGGGUAAAUGCUUUGCUGAUUUGAAUAUGAAAAUCCAUUUAAAGUGAGGAAAUCACAAUCCCAUUUUACCCAGAGAAGGAGAGCAUUGCAGACAUAUUAAUGAACGUUAAAAAGAGUUUGGAUUAAAUAACAAAAAAUAAAAAAAAUCAACCUUCUGUAUUUAUGAUAGAUAUGAGCAUUUUUGGUGUUAAGUAGAAUGUGGCAUUGGAAAUGAAUUUAAACAGUAUGGUAGGUUGAAAAAAAAAACUUUGUGUACAUUUAGCUUUUGUAUUGUCCAAUUUUAUGACACUUCAUUUGAUGUUGUCUUGGUCAUUCCGAUAGUCUAGAUUAUGGGCAGGUAAUUUAUCUGAACUUUAUUUCUGUCUUCUUCUCAGCUUCAUGGGAAACAUUCACCCAAAUGCUCCCCCCUAACCUGACAAGGCAGGAUCCUCUUUCAGAAAUAUUUAAAUUUUAUAAUUUGGUUGGUUCUGUGCUAGCCAACACAAAAAGAUCCUGGAUGAAAUAUUGAAAGAUUUAUUUUUAUUUAAUUUUCUUUGUUACCUUUGUGCACUUAUCACUGUCUGACUCCUAUUUCUCACUCUUCUUGUUCCUCUAUUCGCACUUAUUUUUCACUGUUCUCCUGUGUUUGUAGAUAUGUAUACUACAUUGCAGGUCUUUUGUUCUUCACGUAGUGUGGCUACAGUCUUUAAUUUCAUUUUGACAUUUUUGUUGUCAUAAAUGAAAAUGAAAAAAGAAUACUAAUAAUAAUUCUCACGCUUUAAGACAAAAAGAAAAUCCAAAGACUAAACACUUUCACCAUUGGUGCAUAAAGAUGAGAAAAGAGGCUUCUUUAUACUUGAGAAUUUGUUGCUGUUUUUAGGGGAAAGAAAACAAAGUUUUAAAAGAUAAAGGAGUACGCAUCAGAGUUGCCGUUUCUGCUUCUUUGCGAGCAAACAGGUGGCUUUUUUACGUAAAUACCAAAAACCAAAAAGGGCCCUUGUCCUUGCAUUGUGGAGUAGCACCGUUACAGAGCCAUUGCAGUUUGUAAGAUAGAGGUUAUUAAUCUUUGUUUGACUUUUGUCACAUUCAAAUGUCCAUUUUUUUAAUGAAAAUGUAUAAGGUCUGGUCUUCAAGGACAUACGUUUUGCUGCUAAUGUAGAAUUUUGAAAAAAAAAAAGGAAAAAAAGAGUACCUAGAUGCAUGCUCAUUUUGCUUUUGGCUAAGCUUUAACUAAAACAAACAAUAAACCAAUUUCUUGCCUCUGCAACACAUUUUUUUUUUCUUGUUGCAAAAACGGAACUUUGAAGACUGUGAAUAUAUGUUCCAAAGGACAUUUUGCCGACUUUCUUUUUGAACAGACCAAUGUUUAAAGCCAAUGAUCUAUAACGUUUGUAAAGAACAGUGCAUUCCAAAUAUCACAAUGUUUUGUUUUUUCUUAAGCAAGGACUGAUCCUAUUUCAUUUGAUUGCUUUUAAUAAUCAUAAUCUAUUUUUUUUUCCUAAUUUUUAAAGUGACUGUAAACUGUUGUGUAAAUUUUUUGCAUCAUUGGUUGCUGAACAAAGUGACCUCCAUUUGUCAUUUUUGUGCUGGCAUGGAACAUUGCUGAAAAUCCCUCCAUCCAGUUAAGGUUGUUGCUCACUUGUUAAGCAAGUAAUAGUGGUUACCAAAAAAUGUAUAUAAUACAUCUGGUACUGACGCGUCUCAUAGGUUUAGUGACAUUUAUGCCAGUCAAACCAACAACUAGUCUCAGAGGGAAAUCAUGGCUGUUUUGCUGAGGUGUUGCUGCCCCACCCCCACCUUUUCUGGGAGGUCCAUCAGUGACUCGUCGCUUGUGUCUGCAGGGUGCCACGUCCACAAAUAGCUUACAGGUUCUGAAGGGGGCAUCUUCAUUCCAAAGCAUUAUUUCUGGAAAUAGUAGGAGGUUUUUUUGAAGAUGUCCCUUUUCAAAUAGGAUGCUCUCAUAUCCAAAGAAGUCACCUGUUUCAGUUUGUUGCAAUGGAAAUGGAUGUGCAUAGGUACCCCACCUUCUCACUGAACUGUUUUUUUUCCUUUACUUUUUUUUUUUUUUUUUUUUUUCCUUAAGCCAAAACUAAGUAAUAUUUACAUUUGUGAAGCUACUUUUUGGCCACUGUUGUAUAGCCCAUAUAUUCGCCCCAAUUAGUAAAGGCACAAUCUCCAAAAUGUUUUAAAGUGCUUCGUCUUGCAGAGAAAUGUGAUUCGGUGUUAAUACCACAGCAUGCUCUUAAAAGUGAGUAGAUCUGGUCUGCAAGCUUACCACGUCUCAAAUCCAGUUCCCUGAAAUACUGUUCAUGAAAUGUAAUAUCUUGAUUUAAAAAAAACCUUAAGUUGUACAGUUUUUCCUCAAAUAUGUUUGUUUUAUUUUAUUUCCAGACAAUGGUGAACUUGUAUUGUUAUUUUCUUAUAAGUAUUUUUUUAUUUUAUUUUAGUUUAUGUAUAUUACUUUAUAUUAUAAAUUAACACUAGCUUUAAUUUGAAAUUGCUGAAAUUGACAAACUAAAAAUAUGACCUGGCCACUUUAUGGUGUGACAAUGUUCACUGUCUCGAUGACAUUAUUUUCUCUCUUAUUUCCAAAACGUAAUCCUUCAUGGCUCUUUUUCUGGAAGACUAAGUUUUGGUCUCCACCAUAGAAUCAGCCAGCAUGAACUGUGUGUGCGUGUGUGUUUGUGUGUGUGUGUGCGCGUGUGAGUGCUUCAUAAGAGCCAGCAUCAAUUCAUUUUUUUUUUCUUGUUUGCCUUUUGUUUUUAUUUUUUUUCUGUUACACACCAAAACAUACUGAACCACAAAGCUGGAUUGUGAUUAACUGAAAUUCAGAAAUCUAAUUUAAAAGAUAAUGAUCAGAAUGAUUAUACUGAAGCACUGAGCAGUUUUUACUUUGAUUGAAUUCAUGAAUGUGGCCAAAGCUUUAUGCAGUUGAAACAAAAAAGGAAAAAAAAGAAUUUGUGCCCCAGAUAACUGUAUAUUUUAUUGUGGCACAAAACGCGAUAGUGGACUCGAUGAUCCACAGAUCAACAUUGGGAUACUUGAUUUUAAUGGACAAUUCCAAGAGAGAUAAAGUAAAGCUUUUGCUGUAGAGGUCAUUGUUUUGCCCACUGUGAAAAACAAACAAGCCCUUGUAUACAAAUAGAUAUAUUUAAAACAAGACAUCAACUUUUUUUUCUUUUCUUUUCUUAUUUUUUGGGUUACUAAGCAAAGAAAAAGGAGAAGGAAUGAUUUUUUUUUUUUUUUUUUUUUUUUUUUUUUUUUUAAGAAAGGACUCUGGGAAGCUUUGGAGAACUUGUUAGGAGGACAUGAAAGGCUGUGGGAACACCAAAACUGGGCAUGGGAGCCGACGGCAGGCUCAAAACAGCUUUAAAAACCACCUCCUAUUUUGAUUACUGACAACUCUGUAAUGGGAACGGACUCUGAAACCAAUGGACACGUGUGACACACUGAGGAAAGCCCUUAAAAUGAAACUGAACUCAAGUGGCUCCAGCUGCCUCCUCCUCCUCCUCCUCCUCCUCCUUUCUGUCUGUCCUUUCUUUCUCCAGCUCUGCCUCUGCUUCUGCGCUCUGAUGGACACUUUUACAAAAUUUCAGGACAGGAUGGACAGAGAUGCUUGCUUCAUUUCUUCCAGUUUUCACGUUGCAGCCCGUUUCAUUUCCUCGCGCUUGUCUCUGAGUGACGAGCGAAGCUCUCCAGUCUAAUGGCGGCCUGCCCCUCUCUCUGUUGGUUACAUAAUCUAAAUAGAGAAAUUAAUAACACGGAGAGGGGAUGGGUUCUCUGAGCUGUCGUUCUUAAAAAAGAAAAAAAAAAAAAAGGCAGUUACACUAAAAAAAAAAAAGCGUAUUAACCAAAAUUAACAAC